GACUGCAAUAUUAGGGAUUAUGACAGAACACGUAUAGUAUAAGGAAAAUAACGUAAAUUUUUCUCACAAAAAUAAAAAAAUAAAUAACAUAGAACACGUAUAAAAUGAUAUUUGGCGGGUUGUACAAUUUAGUGGAUCCUAUAAAGGUUCAUAUAAUUUAUAAACGUAUAGUAUAUGGGAUAAACGUGUAAGGAGUUUUCAGGCUUGAUCCAAUAUUAUUUGUUACAAUUAUACAUUUAAUAAAAGAUAAUUCUAAUUAAAUGACAGUGACAAAUCUCAUAAUAUCGAAAGGAAAGUAAAGGCAAAUCUAAACAAAUAAUGUUUUAAUAGUAUAGAUUAAAUUGGUAGUUGGCCAUGAAUAAAAAUAUGGUAAGAUAUAUAUAUAUAUAUAUAUUUGUUUGUUACAACAGCUGGAUUAGAAGAAAAAAAACGUAAUUCCUCUCCUAAUAUAUAAAACAAGAAUAUCAAUUUGUUACUGCAAGAUCAGAAAACAAAGGUAACAAAAUCUUGAGCUGGCCUCUCUGCCUACUCUAAAACACAGAACACACCCUUUCGCUGGUCCAAUCCAUCCAUCCAUCCAUCAAUCUCUCUCGACAAAAAGAAAACAAAUGGUUGAGCAAAAGAGAUUCGCUUUGUUUCUAGCGACGUGCGAUUCAACGUUUGUGAAGAAGACAUACGGAGGUUAUUUCAACGUGUUCGUGUCGACGUUCGGCGAAGAAGGAGAGCAAUGGGAUCUCUUCCGGGUGAUCGACGGCGAGUUUCCGGAGGAGAAGGAUCUGGACAAGUACGAUGGUUUCAUUAUCAGUGGUAGUCUCCAUGACGCUUUCGGAGAUGAUGAUUGGAUCAUUAAGCUUUGUUCGAUUUGUCAAAAACUGGACGACAUGAAGAAGAAGGUUUUAGGUAUCUGCUUUGGCCAUCAGAUACUAAAUAGAAUCAAAGGAGGAAAAAUCGGAAGAGCGAGAAGAGGUGCAGACAUGGGACUCAGAAGCAUAACAAUAGCUAAAGACUCGGUGAAACCUGGUGGUUACUUCGGAGACAAGACUCCAAAUUCACUAGCCAUCAUAAAAUGUCACCAAGACGAAGUUUGGGAACUCCCUGAGUCAGCUACGUUGCUUGCUUAUUCAGACAAAUACAACGUCGAGAUGGCCUCCUAUGGAGAUCACCUCCUCUCCAUCCAAGGCCAUCCUGAGUACAACAAAGAGAUUCUCUUCGAGAUCAUCAAUCGUGUCGUCGGUCUGAACUUGAUGGAGCAAGAUCUUGCGGAUAAGGCCAAAGCAACGAUGGAAGACGCCGAACCAGAUAGGAAACAGUGGCAGACUCUCUGCAAAAACUUUCUGAAAGGAAAAACCGAUCAAAUUUAAGUCUUAAAAUAAACUGAAAACAAUUUCUGUGGAAUGAACAUUCAGAA